UUUAGAGAUUGUAAACUGACACUGUAUAAUGAAAUACGCCUUUCUUGAAUGUAAAUCCUCAUCGACACAUGGAGUGUUGAACCUUGUGGGGCACCGUAGGACAAACGCCACACGUGAUCCAUGGACUUCCGCCUACAGGAAGGCAAGAGUUUAGCUGACGUUUAUUACCUUGAAAUAAACACAUGGCUGUUUAAGUCUGAAAUACCUGCUCGAGAAAAGAGGAAGCCGUGAAAGACACAGAAAGGCGAGUUACCCCAGGUUUCCUAAGGGAGGGCUCAUGGCUUGCUUGGGCGGGUUGAGGUCUGUGAUGUCACUGUCCCACUGGGGAGGCUGCGUGCGGCCGCUGGUGUCUCCACUGCUCAGAGCUGCUGUGGGGUCACUGGCAGGUCAGGGUUCAGCUCGGUGGGGUCAGCUCUGUGGCAUGGCCACCCUGAAUCAGAUGCACCGACAGGGCAAGCCACGGCCGGUGCCCCCCGGAGCGAGCCCCACGUCUGGGCGGCCGCAGCUCAAGGGUGUGGUCCUGAAGACCAUGAUCCGCAAGCCCAAGAAACCCAACUCCGCCAACCGCAAGUGCGCCCGCGUGCGGCUCAGCAACGGCAGGGAGGCGGUGUGCUUCAUCCCCGGGGAGGGGCACAACCUGCAGGAGCACAACAUGGUGCUGGUGGAGGGGGGCCGCACUCAGGACCUGCCCGGGGUCAAGCUCAAGAUCGUCCGCGGGAAGUACGACUGCGCGCACGUGCAGAGCAAGAAGUAGCAGCUGCACUGCUGCCAGGCUGACAAGCAAACAAGCCCAGUGUUGCUGCCUCUGUAUUUCCCUGUGUGACGGUGAGUUAGUGAGGGGUCCUGACACAGGGACAUGUUUACUGUACACAUGGUCAGACUGGGAAUUCACUGAGUUUGUGGAAUAAAGAGGGGAGCUGUGUGUAUAGAAAAGUACAUAUGUGACACGAGCCCCUUUUAUUUUCAUAGGUAUUUGACCCGUUACUGUCCAGGAUGCAUAAAGGGUGUGAUCAGCCUUCACUGAGUAUUUCUAAACAGGGACAGAUCGAUCCACCGGUCAGUCGAGUCCAGUAACUGAUUGUCCUGUUUAACAGAAUAUUUCCAUUUGCAGCUCUGCAUCUGUGCUGCUUGUUUUCUUUAUCAGUGCGCAGAUUACUUUUCACACAGUUUCACUUUCUUCUUGAUUGAUACGCUGCUAUGGAUUUCUUCUUUUAAUUUAAAUUCAAGCAGAGUUAUGGAUUCUUGUUGUUAGUUUAACAUACUGAGGCAUGUAAUAAAAUAAAUCAUUGAAUUUCA